UUGUAACUUAUAAAAAGAUAAUUAUUAAAAUGUAUGCACAUUUUAGCUAAAAUGCCGGUUACUGCAGGAGAUUGUGGGCAAGACAUUCCCGAUACCGAUGGGUUAUUAUUAUCGCCACCAGUAACAGUUGAAGGCAGAGAACAAAGCGUUGAAUUUCCGGGGCUGAGUGCAGUCACGGCUUACCAUCAAGAAUUUUUGAACAGUCGAGUAUCACCACCAGUUGAAGUGCAAAAUCAAGAAAAUCGAAACGACGAUAACGACGAAGCAUCUUCAAGUUCAGAACCGUUAGUAAAUGUAAGAAAAAGGCUUUUGAUGGAAAGAAACAAUGCCACAUCAACAUUCGAUGUCACCGAAAAUGCAGAGAAGGAAAAGCUAACAAGAAAACGAAAACGUGACCCAUCAAAAUGGACCAGAAAUGUCCAAAAAACUUUAAGAAUGGAGGGAAAAGAAUAUCGGACACAGAAGGGAAGACCUAAAAAAGCAAAAACAGUAGCAGAGGUAAAAUGUAGAUGUCAUUACAAAUGUAAUGAACUUUUUUCCAAUGAAACGCGACAUGAUAUUUUUAACGAAUUUUAUAAUAUAAAAAGCGAAGAGUCAAGGUGGAACUUUAUUGCUAAACAUGUUCAGCGUAUCCCAAAGAAGCGUUCAUACGUUGUACAAAAAGAGGGUAGUCGAAGAAAGUUUACCUUAGUAUAUAAACUUACUGCAAGACAUACACAACAUCAAGUUUGUCAAAACUUUUUCCUUAAAACUCUACAAAUUUCGAGUAAAAAGGUACUUACAGCACUGGAUAAAAGUUCUGCACAUGGAGUCGUUAAGCCAGAUCAAAGGGGCAAGAAAUCACCACCGCAAAAAAAAUCUGAAGCAACCAAAGACAUAAUAAGAUCUCACAUUAAAAAAUUACCCUUAAUUUCUUCACAUUACUGUAGAAGCACAACAAAGAGGGAAUAUCUCCCUACAGGAUUAUCUAAAAAUAGAAUAUAUUUAGAUUAUAAAGAUUAUUGUGCAGAGCUUGGAGUAGUACCAGAAAAAGCUAGCUUUUAUAAGCAUAUUUUUACCUCGGAGUUCAAUAUUGGUUUCCAUCGGCCUAAAAAAGAUCAAUGUGAUUAUUGUGCCGAGUUUACAAACAAAAAUGAUGAGGAAAAGAUAAAAAUGCAAGACAGUAUGGAUGCACACUUGGCCCGAAAAACAGAGGCUAGAGAAGCAAAACAAAUCGACAAAAAUCGUGCAAAACUUGACAAGAGUUUUUUGUGUUUUGCCGUAGAUAUGGAGAAAAUUCUUUUAACGCCUUCAUUACAAGUAGGAAAGUUAUACUAUACCCAAAAACUAAAGAUAUUUAACUUUACCGUAUAUAAUUUGGGGACUGCACAAGCUGAAAAUUUUAUGUGGCAUGAGGGGGUUGGCACCAAAGGUUCGUCAGAGAUUGCAACCUGUUUGUGGAAACUUUUAAAUGGCUAUAGCCCUGAAGUAAAAGAAGUUACAUUCUAUGCUGACACAGCAUCGGGACAAAACCAUAACUGCAUUAAUGCUGCCAUGUUUUUACGAGCUGUACAUUUGCUUCCGAUUGAAAUUAUUAACCAAAAAUUUAUGGAGUCAGGACACUCUGAAAUGGAAUGUGACAGCGUUCAUUCUGCCAUUGAAAACCGUGGUAAUAAAAUCGAUAUUUACACCCCAGAGGGUUGGUACACAGUAGCUCGAACUGCAAAAACUAAGCAACCAUUUUACAAUGUUACUGAAAUGAACUAUUCAGAUUUCUUAAAUUUUAAAUCUUUUUCCAAAUCCGCAAUAUUAAACAAACAAAAAUGUACAGAUGGAAGUAAUUUGAAUUGGUUAAAAAUAAAAUGGAUUCAAUAUAGGAAAGAAGAACCUAACAAAAUUUUCUUUAAAAAACGUCUUGAUGAUUCUGAAUUUCGUUCCAUAGAAGUUAAAAAGGCAUCUUUAAGAAAUGGCGUAUCUUAUCUAAAUGCAGUUAUACCUAAUUUGUAUACAACUAGUAUACCAAUUGAAAAACGAAAAUUAACGGGCUUGCGUAAGUUAUGCGAAUCUGACUCCAUAAAGUCUGCUUAUCACGGAUUUUAUGAGGGACUAAGAACCACUGAUGAGGAUCAAGUUGAAUCCGAGAACGACGAAAACUGACAGUUUAAAUAAAAUUUAUUUUUAAACAUUUUGUAUUAGUAAUAUUAAUAAUAAAAAGUUAAAAAAAACUGCUGAGUUUUAUCAUUAUUUUAUAACAUUAUUAUUGUUAGAUCUUUUCACAUCUUAAAAUAUUCCGGCAAAACAACUAGCUCUGUGGUAGUGAAAGGGGCUAAGCCACAUAAAACCUAAAAUAUUGUUUAUAAUUUCAAAAUAAAAAUAUCCACACAACAAGUAUGACACCUAAUUACAAAUAUCAAAAAAUUGUUAUGAUUUGACCUUUUUUUAAUAUUCUAGAAAAGAAUAUAUAAGUUUUUUGGAAACAAACUUUUUUGAAAGCGCGCUAGCUCCAGUUUUACUUUAUGUGGGUUAGGACAGUUCACAACCAAAGCGACGAUUUG